CUGCCAUUUUGGUUUUAUUCAGUGCGCUCCAAUAAACCCAGAAACGCGAUGCAGUAGCGAGCAGACUGGACGACACAGUGACUCGGCAGGAUAGUAAAGGGGGGCUUUCUCACAGCAUCUCGCCCAGCUGUUCGUGCUGUCGCAGCUCGUUUUCUCCUCGUCAUCUAAAUCUGUCUGCAAUCCGCUCCAUCUAAGUUAGUUUCACACGAGGAGCGGUUUGCUGACAGAGAGUGGACUGAGAAGGAUUAUUGAUGUCCAGCUCGCCGCUGUCCAAGAAGCGUCGCGUGUCAGGAUCACAGACGAAGACGGGAUCCCACUGCUCCUCCUCUAACUCUGUCAGAACCGAACUGUCACACACACCAGCCAACGGCAUGGCUAAGAAUGGAAAUGAUGCUGAGAUCGACGAGGGCCUGUACUCUAGACAACUGUACGUACUGGGUCAUGAUGCUAUGAAGCGCAUGCAGAACUCCAAUGUACUGAUCUCAGGAAUGCGAGGUUUGGGUGUAGAGAUAGCGAAGAAUGUCAUUCUUGGUGGAGUCAAGAGUGUGACCCUGCACGACCAGGACGUGGCCGAGUGGAAAGACCUUUCAUCACAGUUUUAUCUGCGUGAGGAGGAUCUUGGGAAGAAUCGUGCCGAGGUCAGCCAGAGUCGACUGGCAGAACUGAACAGCUAUGUACCUGUGACCUCCUACAAUAGCACCCUCACCAAUGAGUACCUGACUCAGUUUCAGGUUGUUGUGCUUACCAACUCUAGCCUCGAUGAGCAGACACGCUUUGGGGAGUUCUGCCACAGUAACGGCAUCAAGUUGAUUGUGGCUGUCACACGUGGGCUGUUUGGGCAACUGUUCUGUGAUUUUGGGCAAGAAAUGGUGGUGUUUGACUCCAAUGGAGAGCAGCCACUGAGCGCAAUGAUCUCAAUGAUUACAAAGGACAGUGCUGGUGUGGUUACGUGUCUGGAUGAAACACGGCAUGGAUUUGAGAGUGGAGACUACGUCACUUUUACAGAAGUGCAGGGCAUGACUGAGCUUAAUGGCUGUGAACCAGUAGAGAUCAAGACACUGGGUCCUUACACCUUCAGCAUCUGUGACACCAGCUCUUUCUCAGACUAUGUGAGAGGAGGUAUUGUCACACAAGUCAAGAUGCCCAAGACGAUUGCCUUUAAAUCGCUGCCCUCCUCCAUGACCGAACCAGAGUUUAUGAUUACUGACUUUGCUAAAUUUGAUCGGCCAGGCCAACUGCAUGUGGGCUUUCAGGCAUUGCACGCUUUUGAGAAGAAGUACAGCCGUCCGCCAAAGCCCUGGAAUCAGUCAGAUGCGGACAAGCUCGUGACUCUGGCUGAAGAGGUGAACUCUGCACAGACCGGAUCUGCCAAGCAGGAUCAGCUGGACCAGGCACUUAUCAAAAAGCUUUCCUGCGUGGCCGAUGGAGACCUGGCACCCGUCAAUGCCUUUAUUGGUGGGCUUGCUGCCCAGGAGGUUUUGAAGGCAUGCACAGGGAAGUUUAUGCCCAUUUUGCAGUGGCUAUAUUUUGAUGCUCUGGAGUGUUUACCUGAGGGAGAGGAAACUGUUCUUGCAGAGGAAGAGUGUGCACCUAAAAAUUGUCGAUAUGAUGGCCAGGUUGCUAUCUUUGGGUCCAAGCUUCAAGAGCUGUUAGCCAAACAGCGGUAUUUUCUGGUUGGUGCUGGAGCCAUUGGCUGUGAGCUGCUGAAAAAUUUUGCCAUGAUGGGCCUGGCCUGCGGUACUGGGGAAGUCAUAGUCACUGACAUGGACACCAUAGAAAAGUCAAACCUCAAUCGACAGUUCCUUUUCAGGCCAUGGGAUGUCACGAAGAUGAAGAGUGAGACCGCCGCUGCAGCCGUGAAACAGAUGAACCCAUCGAUCCGCAUCACAGGCCAUCAAAACCGCGUAGGGCCUGACACAGAGAAGGUCUAUGAUGAUGACUUCUUUGAGACCCUAGACGGAGUGGCAAAUGCUCUUGAUAAUGUAGAUGCCCGCAUGUAUAUGGACCGGAGGUGUGUGUACUACCGUAAGCCAUUGCUGGAGUCUGGUACUCUAGGCACCAAGGGGAAUGUGCAGGUGGUCAUCCCUUUCAUCACGGAGUCUUACAGCUCCAGCCAGGACCCACCAGAGAAAUCUAUUCCAAUCUGCACACUCAAAAACUUCCCGAAUGCAAUUGAGCACACUCUUCAGUGGGCUCGUGAUGAAUUUGAAGGACUUUUCAAACAGCCAGCUGAAAACGCCUUGCAGUAUCUGACAGAUCAAAAGUUCAUGGAGCGUACUCUAAAGCUGCCUGGUGCUCAGCCUUUAGAGGUGCUUGAAGCAGUUUACAAGAGUCUGGUGACAGAUUUUCCUCGCAGCUGGGAGGACUGUGUUGCAUGGGCCCGCAACCACUGGCAAUGCCAAUAUAACAACAACAUCCGUCAGCUACUGCACAACUUCCCCCCAGACCAGCUCACAAGUUCUGGGGCGCAAUUCUGGUCGGGUCCAAAGAGAUGUCCUCAUCCACUGGAAUUCAGCACUAACAAUGAUCUUCACAUGGACUACAUCAUGGCAGGAGCUAACUUAUGUGCUCAGUCAUAUGGCCUGCAGGGCUCCACUGACCGCACAGCUCUGGCCAAGCAUCUGCAGGGUAUUAAAGUGCCUGAGUUCACACCCAAGUCGGGAGUAAAAAUCCAUGUGUCUGAUCAAGAGCUGCAGAGUACCAGUGCAUCCGUUGAUGACUCCAGGCUUGAAGAGCUCAAGAAACUGUUGCCUUCUUCAGAAGCGGCUUCUCAAUUCAAACUCUGUCCAGUAGACUUUGAAAAGGACGAUGACACAAACUUCCAUAUGGACUUCAUUGUAGCAGCUUCUAAUCUGAGAGCAGAGAACUACGACAUUCCUCCUGCGGAUAGACACAAGAGCAAACUCAUUGCUGGAAAAAUCAUUCCAGCUAUCGCCACGACGACAGCUGCUGUGGUAGGUCUGGUUUGUCUGGAGCUGCUGAAGAUUGUUCAGCAGCAUAAGAAGCUUGAGUCAUACAAGAACGGCUUCAUGAAUCUUGCUCUGCCUUUCUUUGCCUUCUCUGAGCCCAUUGCUGCACCCAAGCACAAGUACUACGAGAAUGAUUGGACACUUUGGGAUCGUUUCGAGGUGAAGGGCAUUCAGCCCAAUGGAGAGGAAAUGACUCUCCGACAGUUCUUGGACUAUUUUAAGAAUGAACACAAACUGGAGAUUACUAUGCUCUCUCAGGGAGUUUCCAUGCUCUACUCUUUCUUCAUGCCUGCGGCCAAGCUUAAAGAAAGGCUGGACCUGCCGAUGACUGAGAUUGUGACCAAGGUGUCCAAGAAGAAACUGGGGAAGCAUGUUAAAGCACUAGUGUUUGAGCUCUGCUGCAAUGAUGACACAGAAGAGGAUGUAGAGGUGCCCUAUGUCAGAUACACCAUCCGCUGAGAGGGAUAUUGUGGAGGAGGGGGACAGGUUAGGGGAGGGAGAGGGGACCCACUGGGGAUGUGGAGCAAAUGGAGAGCAUCAGUAUGCUUGGAGAGCCCAAAGAAAAAUCAAUAGGGGUGGGAGUCAUUUUUUUUUAAUCAGGUAUUGGAUAAUAAGUAUUAUAUCUGUAACCUAUAUUUCAAACGCCCUCUUCCCUUUUGGCUGAACACUCUAGGGUAUGAAUCAAACUUAAAUUCAAUUUUGAUAAAGUUUGUUAACUUUAGGAAUGGACAAUACAUGUUGAUGGGAAGCAUGUAAUAUUUUGACUGUAACUUAUUUAAACCAAUUGUUCUAACUGCUUCAUGAUUUUGUGUAUACUUAUCACUCAUUCAGAAUCAUCUUUUGCACGCUGAUCUGUUCUUUGCUUUAUGAUGCGUUUGUGGGCGCCAUCUUGCUGUGCACUUGAAAGUAAUGAACAUGAUGAUUGGAAUGAAUGUUGAUGCCAAAUACUGGAGGGGAAGAAAAAAAAUAAAAAUACCAGUCAUGUUAAUUGCUAAUAUUUAAUUUUCAAAUCUCUGCCUUGGCCUAUUGUAACCUUAAAUGCUGAUGUUGUGCCCUUAGUGGCCAAGGUGUGAAAGCGAGUCAGCCCACUGAUUGAACUCCUGCUCUCCUAUAGGCCCAGUGGGAAUAUCCCUUUGCCUCUCUGGCUUCUGUUUGGGUUGGGGUUCAGGCACUUGCACAUAACUUUUUUUUUUUUUUUUCUCUCUUCAGACUUAUGCCUUGUAGAUCAUAAACCGUGUAUUCUUUCUACUUUGUUAAACUUCAGAAAAAUAAACAAAAAAACAUUACAGUAUAAAAGGGAUUUUAAUCUGUAAUGGGAGCACUUAGCGUUUUAGUGAAUAAAGUUGAAAAAGUUUUCUUGCUUGUCUUUGUGACUGUUUUUAAAUGUAUCUAAAAGGUUAAUAAAGAAUCUGCAGCUAAUCAAACUGGUUAAUUAGAAAGUGGUUAAGAUUAUUUAUACCUAUUACUUUGGUCAGUGUAUUUUUAAUUUAGGGCAUUGCCUUGUUGCUUUGGAGGAGUCACCUAUAAA